UCGUAUUAUAAAGCGGAAAAUAAUAAUAAAAUAUAAUAAACUUUCUUUCUUUUUCUUUUUCUUUUUUUCAAAAUUUUCUUAUAUAUUUGCUUGCAGACCCGGUGCCUCGGGGCAGACGGUGGUAACUCCCUCCCCUCUCAAAAAUCUCUGAUCGAAGGUUUUAAAAUCUUCAACUUGGAUACAAGAUUUAAUAUAACAUGAGCACUCGGGGGGCCAGGGCGCCACAUGCAAGAGGGCGGCGAAGAAAGAAUGAGUUGAACUUGGACCUCAAUAGUGCCCCACCUGGUGACAGUCGGGAACAGGAGGGAACUUCAACUCAGUCAGUGCCUCAGAAUAAUCAAGCGACUUUGCAAGUUCAGCCCAUACCACCUAAUACGAUUGAUGUUGAGGCUAUUGAUGAUGAUGUUAUUGAAUCCAGCCCCACGGCUUUUGCUGAGGCUAAAAACAAUUCCAGAAGGAACCGGAGGACUGUUGUUGAUGUGGAAUCAGAACGGACGGCUAGGGUCACUCAGAACAAGCGCAGAAGAGUUGGACCAAACCAAACAAUUAUUAAUUGUGAUUUUUACAUAAAUCUGGAAAGCAACAGCAACUCCACCUCCACGAAACAGAAUGUUACACAGCCGCCUCCACCACCACCACCACCAAAGGAGCCCACCUUUACCUGUCCCAUUUGCAUGGCUCCUUUAGUUGAGGAGAUGUCAACAAAAUGUGGCCACAUUUUCUGUAAGGCUUGCAUUAAAGUUGCAAUAGGUGCGCAGGGCAAAUGCCCUACAUGUAGGAGAAAAGUAACAAUGAAAGAACUGAUUAGGGUAUUCCUCCCUACGACCUGUUGAUUGGUGAUGGUUAUGAAAGGUGGUUUUUGAGGGAGUGAGGAUUGGGGAAUUGAAUUGGCAUGCCUGCAGAAUUGAAUUUUCAUACUCAAAUGGUUUGUAUCAAAAAAGAUGUUAUGAUUAGUGGGUAUUUGUAACUUCUUUAUGAAAUCAGGCACCUUAAUUUUAGCUUUAUGCUGCUUGUAAUGCAAUUAGCUUUUGGAUGAGCAAUGAAUGGCCCAAGUUCUUAGUGAUGAA